UGCUAUAGCGGUCGCUGCAUUCAAGACACUCCCAGAAAGCCAAGAAAGUCUUUGGGCGGCGACCACGAUGAUGCCAAACGGGACGGUAAUUGACGUAAUUCAAUUGGCACGAGACCCCGCGCGCACCAUGCUGCUUCGUGCGAUGAUAGAGUCUUGUGGCUAUUUACUAACCGCAGACCAGAGAAAACGCCUGGCGGGGGCUGCACUUGAGCUUUCGCAGGAUCACGUUUCCUCACCCGUGCUACCCUUCCCCCCCCCCCCCCCCUUUUUUUUUCCUUUUUUUUUUUUUUCUCCUUCCCCCUUUUUAUUUGUGUGUGUGUCCGUCUGUCUUUGUGUAUGUUGUUUUUGA